CAUCUCCAUCCCCCCUACCACGCCACGAUUAUUGUCGGCGGCUUAACAACUGCUGCGCAGCACCAGAUGGCUGUCGAUCGCAUCCGCUGAAAAGCACCCGGCAGUCUCUGCUUUCGCACAUCAUGGACGCUGACAUGGAUUCACCACCCGGUUCGCCUUUCGCCGGCCAGAAGCGCAAGAUCGCAGACAUGAGCUCCUCCGAUGAAGAGGAUGCCAGGCCCACCAUGGGCUUUCGCGGGUUUCAGCAGGCGUCCUCGCUCUCCGAAUCCCCUCCAACAUCGGGCCUGGGUGGUCUAGGUAGCGGUCGUCGCAGUCCUUGGACCUCGACCAUGAACUCAGGCGCAGGGACCCCGCGGGGUGGAAAUCCAAAAGGUGGUGCAAAGGGUGGCUCCAUGAUGGGGGCCAACUCUUUCGCCGCGCGAAUGAUGGCGAAGAUGGGUUAUGUGGAGGGACAAGGUCUUGGUGCAGGUGGCCAGGGUAUCGUUAAGCCAGUCGAGGCUCAAGCACGACCGCAAGGUGUUGGUUUGGGUGCAGUUAAGGAAAAGUCGAAGCAGGCGCGGGAGGAGGAAAAGCGUGCAGCGGCAUUGAGAGGAGAGACAGUCGAAGACAGCUCGGAUGAAGAGCGCGCACGGCGUCGAAGACGAAAAGAGGAGCGCAAACAGGAAGCCCGUAGCGGUGCCGCCACGCCUGUCGGCCCAGCAAAACCCCGGUUCAGGACUGCGCGAGAAAUCGAAGCUGAUACAGCCGGUCUGGAGGUUCCGAACGUUCUCAAGUCGCUGAUCGAUGCAACGGGCAAGGAACAAAAGGUGUUGACGUCCACCGCCGGUCUGAUGACCCCAUUGGAGUUCGUCAAUCCGGGUGAAGGAGAGGCAAUCAAGAUUGCGCGCCGCGCGCGACACGAUCUGGAAGCCUUUGCUGAUGAAUGGAAAGGGUUGACCGAAAGGAAAAAGUACAUCGAGAUGGAGGAGACGCAAGUGGUGGAAGAAAUGGACGCCCAGCAGGUUAAGAUGGACCAGCUCACGGAACUGGUCUCGGCCGUUGCAGCGUUGGAGAUUUUCAACAUGGAAGAUGACCUGGCUGCGCGAAUAGAGGAUCUGACUUCCAAGCUGGAGCGUCUACAGACAGAGUUCCGCGACGUUAUUGAUGACUACAGGCUUUCGGAAGCUGCCGUUGCGGCAAUCCAUCCUCUCUUUCGACAGGCUAUGGACGGAUGGGAACCCCUGAAAGAUCCUACAUACCUCGUAUCGAGCCUACGCCGACUAAACCAUAUCUUAUCCCGGCGGCCCGCCAAUGGAGAGGUCAAACGAUCAUCUACGUCGCCUUAUGAAACGAUGAUCUAUACCCUUUGGCUGCCGCGAGUGCGGUCUGCCCUGCUGAACGAUUGGGAUGUACAUGAUCCCGCGCCUGCCACGACAUUAGUUGUAUCAUGGAAAGAACUUCUCCCAGCUUUCGUCUAUGCCAACGUCAUGGACCAGCUGGUUGUCCCCAAACUGAGCGCAGCCAUCAAGGAAUGGAAACCCAGGAGCAGCAAGCGGCAUCCCUCAUCAUCGCAGAACUCCCGUUUCCCCUGGUGGCUGUUCACAUGGCUGCAAUACCUGGAUGAACGCCAUACCGACCCCAAGCAAGCAACCGGUCUACUCUCAGACGCCAAGAGAAAGUUCCGCGUCGUCCUGGACAGCUGGGACCUGCGCAAGGGCCUAGUCAGCGGCAUCGAACUCUGGCGCGAUGCCCUGGGUUCCGAGUUCGACGUUGCGCUACGCAACCAUCUUCUCCCGCGUCUCGCCCGCCAUCUGCGGGACGAAUUCGAAGUCAACCCUCAAGACCAAGACCUCACUGCCCUCGAAGACGUCUUGAAGUGGAAAGACUACUUCAAACCAAACGUCUCGGCCCUCCUCCUCGCCGCGGAAUUCUUCCCCAAGUGGCACAACAUCCUUCAUAUCUGGCUCACCAACGAACCAAACUACGAAGAAGUCGGCGAAUGGUUCUCCUGGUGGCGCUCCCAGAUCCCCGAAGAGAUCAACGAGAUGGCCGCCGUCGACGACGAAUGGAAGAAGGGUCUCCAAACCAUGGACCUGGCCUCUCGUCUCGGCGACCGCGCCGCAGCGGAACUCCCACCCCCCGAACCCGCCGAGAAAACCCUCCCACGCCCCCUCGAAGCGGAACCCCCCGCCAAGCCGAAACCAAAGCCCAAACCCGUCGAAGAAGUCGGCUUCAAAGACAUUCUCGAAACCUGGUGCGCCGAACAGGGCCUCAUCAUGCUCCCCCUACGCGAAGCACACCCACAGAACGGCCAACCGCUCUUCCGCAUCACUGCCAGCGCCACCGGCAAAGGAGGCGUGGUCGUCUUCCUUCAAGGCGAUGUUGUAUGGGCACAGAAUCGCAAGGCGAAAGAUAUCUGGGAACCGAUGGGUUUGGAGGAUCGAUUGGUCGAGCGGGCAGAAGGGAAAUAA